UUCAGUCCAAACACAGGUGGUUCUUAAUGUCAGAACUCAUUCAGUCCAAACACAGGUGGUUCUGAAUGUCAAAACUCAUUCAGACCAAACACAGGUAGUUCUGAAUGUCAGAACUCACCAUGUAUUGCUGACUGCAUCACCCUUAUGGGCCUUUUUAUGGGAACUUGUUGAUAACUCUACUACCCCAUUUGACGGCACUAUCAGUUACUGUGUAUCCUUCCUUCCAUCCAUAGUGCCAGGAUGGCCAUGUAGAACGUACAUUAGCUUCUUUUUUUUAUUUUAUAAUCUUUUGAUUUUAUCCGUGCUACAUUCCACAUGCGUGUUAUAUUUGGCUGGUUUGUACGUUAUUUUAUAUGGCUGGUCUGUUAGUUGUUUUAUGUAA